AUGGGUUGGAAGCAGCAAAAAUCGGUGGGGAGUUUUGGGAUCCUGAAUUUGGGGGGUUUGGGGUCUUUAUUGGGGGAUUCCGUGCGCCACAACCUCUCCUCCAACCCCUGCUUCGCCAAGGUGCUGAAGGACCCCUCCAAACCCCACUCCAAGGGCAAUUUCUGGACCGUGGACGUUGCCCGGAUCCCCCCGGCCGCGCUGAGGCUCCAGAACACGCCCGUGGCCCGCGGCUCCGCCUUCGCCCCCGACCUGGCCCCGUUCGUGCUCCGGGGCUGCCCCUACCCCCCCUGCCCGGGCCCCCCAACCUCCCCCUUCUCCAUCGAGGCCUUGCUCAGUGGCGAGGUCGCCAUGGCGACGGCCCCGCCUGUGGCAGCGGCGGGCGCGGCCCGAGGGCGCGGCGGGGACAGCGAGGGGACAACGAGGGGACAACGCGGGGGACAGCGCCGGUAA